AUGGAGCAUCGUUCAAGUGAUGCAGUGGCCCUUCGAUCGACGCAGCGAGCGCCGCGGAGUUGCCUGUCAUGCUCAUCUCGUAAAGUCAAAUGCGAUAAAUCUGUUCCUUGCUCACGGUGCAUCAAGCGUGGCCAGGCUGAAUCAUGUGUCAGGGAAAUGGUCCUUAUUCGCGGCCAGGUGACCACAUGGCAAGGCGGUCCCGAAACUCCAACAUACCAAGAGCUCAAGGAAGAGAAUCACGGUCUACGACGAGAGAUCAUGGCACUCAAGUCGCGGGAAGGCCGCCAACCAACCAUGAAUGUUGCACAGGCUCAGCAAUUCGAAAACUCACUGGAUGAUGUAGAGUACACCCCAGGUGAGCUUGAUGAUGGCUUAUGGGAAAGCCUUGCCUCGGAAUCCAACAUCGACAGGUCAUCUGUAUUGAACUGGGCGGAUAUCAUACUGCCGGAUGAAGAUACUAGCAAGAAACUUGUAGAAUUUGACAGGACGUGGAACUCUUGGGUACAUUAUGCCCUGGAGUAUCCUCAGUUCAAGGACGAAUGUGACCACUUUGUCGGCAGUCUAGAGAAUGCUUUAGCACUCGAUAAGGCUGACGUUUCAUGGCUCGCUCUCUACUUCAGUGUCCUCAGUACAGCACUUUUAAUGAUGGAAGACAAUGAAGCUCAAAGUCUGCAGCUACCGAAUGACCUUCCCAUGGAACAGGUGUCUCGAAAUUGGUACGACGCUGCCAUAUUCUGUCUACACAAAGCAGACUUCCUGCGAGUCGCCAAUGUACACAAUGUACAAGCAAUAGCUGUUCUGUGCAUGACCUUCAACAACCGUGGAGAUUCGGAGAUGGGUCAUCACUUGCGAGUUUCUGCGAUUCGGAUCGCCCAAACUCUACGCUUAGGUCAAGAUAAUGACAAAAGAGAAGGACAGCACCUCAGCAUUGAAGCAGAGCGUCGUCUAUGGUGGACGCUAGUAAUCUGCGAGUGGUUGAACUUGACGCAUCAAUCGCCAGCUAUAGACAAAUCCGACUUCAAAGUCCCCUUACCAUCGAUUCCCCAUCCCGCACCACAAGGAGGUCUUGUAGAUCCCGUCCACUAUCACAUCUUCAUGGCUCGGACAUCCCAAGUCAUAUACACAUUUCGCAUAUCACUGAAAUACGGCUCAAAGUCACUGAAUAAUGUUGUCGACAUCGUCAAGGCUGCGGAUGAGGGGUUGGCAAGUAUCAUAGACACAUUGCCUGGCCACCUGCAACCCGAGAGUGACGCAGUCACUAACACAGAGAUACAAGCCCUUGAGGCUACUCAGCCGUGGAUCAAAUGGCAACGGUACGAUUUGACUCUCGUGUUGUUGCACCUUCGAAUGCACAUCAACCGUGUUCUCCAAAACCAGUGGCUAUCAUCUCCCGAGGAAUAUCAUUGGGCACGAACAGUCAGCGUCACGUCUGCCAUGAGCCUCAUUUGGAUUAAUCGAAGCUGGGACCAGCCAGCUUCAACCAGAAAGCAGUGCAUACUGAAUCAUAAGGGCGCUUUCGUAUCAUAUUUACUCUUCCGCUAUGUUUCUGCUGCGGGAAUGCCAAAGUACCAGCUCGAAGGACAACCGGGAGUACCUCGAGGCUAUUGA